GUGGGGGACAGGAAGCGGAAGUGGUUUUAGUUCCUUACGGAAGCGGGGUGAGUGCUUUUGUUGCCGCGCUGAGGGGAGCCGAGGGCGACAGCCAUGGCGAACCGGACGGUGAAGGACGCGCACAGCAUCCACGGCACCAACCCGCAGUACCUCGUGGAGAAGAUCAUUCGGACCCGUAUUUACGAGUCUAAGUAUUGGAAAGAGGAAUGCUUCGGUCUCACGGCCGAGCUGGUGGUGGACAAGGCCAUGGAGCUGAAGUACGUGGGGGGCGUCUACGGUGGGAACAUCAAACCCACGCCUUUCUUGUGCCUGACGCUGAAGAUGCUGCAGAUCCAGCCCGAGAAGGACAUCAUUGUGGAGUUCAUAAAAAAUGAGGACUUCAAGUAUGUCCGAAUGCUGGGUGCAUUGUACAUGAGAUUGACGGGCACAGCUAUUGACUGCUACAAGUAUCUUGAGCCACUGUACAACGACUAUCGAAAAAUAAAAAGUCAGAACAGAAAUGGGGAAUUUGAACUGAUGCAUGUGGAUGAAUUUAUUGAUGAACUACUCCAUGAGGAACGUGUGUGCGAUAUAAUUCUGCCUCGAUUGCAGAAACGAUAUGUUCUGGAAGAAGCUGAGCAACUUGAACCUCGUGUUAGUGCUCUGGAAGAAGAUAUGGAUGAUGUAGAAUCUAGCGAGGAGGAAGAAGAGGAAGAUGAAAAGCUGGAGCGAGUACCCUCUCCUGAUCACCGCAGAAGAGGCUACAGAGACCUUGACAAACCUCGCAGAUCUCCAGCUAUACGAUACAGGCGGAGCCGAAGCAGGUCUCCACGAAGGCGAAGCCGCUCUCCAAAGAGAAGAAGUCCAUCACCACGCCGGGAGAGACAUCGCAGCAAAAGCCCAAGACGACACCGGAGCAGAUCCAGGGAGAGGCGCCACAGAUCAAGAUCUAAAUCUCCAGGGCAUCACCGUAGUCACAGACACAGAAGUCAUUCCAAAUCACCUGAAAGAUCUAAGAAAAGUCACAAAAAGAGUCGUCGAGGGAAUGAAUAAUGAACUAAUUUCAGCACACAGUUCAGUGACCUUGAACUGUAGGCUAAUACUGUCCAGUCUAUGUUAUGGGACAGCUGAAUAUGCACUGGCUGCUUUAGCAGUCAAUUUUUAAUCCUUCUCCUCUUGUACAAGUGUUGUUUUUGUGUGGUUUUUGUUUUUUUUUAGUUAAAAGAAAGCUGAAGUUCUUCUUACUUUCUAAUCCUUAUGAUAAAAUUUGAAGGUAGUUUAUAAAUUGUUUUUCUCAAGGCCUGUAAAAACCAGUGAAGAGCAAUAAAAAAAGGGGGGGGUUGUCUUUAAA